GUUCUCUAGUGCAGGUAAAAUAUUACUUUUUGAGAAAUUGAAUAAUACUACUUGCGAAGAAAUAGAUGGAAAAUCAGGGUUAUUCUCCUGUUGAAUGUAUAGACGAUAAUAAUUUAGAAAAAAAUAAUACACCAGAAGUUCAAUUAACGGAAACUCCAAAAACAAAAACCAAAAAAUCAAAGUGGGAAUCUGAAAGUGAUAAUGAUUCAGAAAGCGAACAAAGAUUUAGUAAAAAAAGACGUAAAAAAAUUCAAGAUUCAGAAGUAGACGAACAUUCUCAGCCUGAAACUACUGAAAGUAUUAGAAGGUUAAAAGUAUCGAAUGAAGAUCCGUUUAAUCAGUCUCCUUCAACUAGAUCAAUAUCUCCUAUAGCAGAACCUAUAAAUGAUAUGAGUAUUAGUUCCACUCCUUCUCCCACGCCUGAAUCAACAACACAAUCAUUUGAAGAGAGAAUUAUUAAAUCCACCCCAACCCCACUACCCCCAAUGCUUACUGGAUGUCGUAGCGUUGAUAAUUAUGAAAAAUUAAAUAGAAUUGAAGAAGGUGCUUAUGGAGUAGUUUUUCGUGCCAGAGAUAAAGCCACAGGGGAGGUUGUGGCUUUAAAAAAACUCAAAUUAGACAAAGAAAAAAAUGGUUUUCCUAUUACAUCCCUGCGAGAAGUUCAUACUUUACUUUUGGCUAAACAUCCGAAUAUUGUAAAUGUGAGAGAAAUCGUAGUUGGUGAAACACUGACACAAAUUUUUAUAGUUAUGGAUUUUAUAGAACACGAUCUUAAAAGUCUCAUGGAAGAUAUGCAAGUACCUUUUCUGCAAUCGGAGGUUAAAACAAUAAUGCUUCAGCUUUUAUCGGCUGUUGCAAUGUUGCACGAUAAUUGGAUUAUUCAUCGUGAUUUAAAGACUUCUAACCUUUUGCUUAAUAAUCGUGGCCAAAUUAAAGUCGCAGAUUUUGGUUUAGCUAGAAAAUAUGGUAGUCCAUUAGGCCCAAUGACUGAACUCGUCGUUACUCUUUGGUAUCGAGCUCCCGAGUUACUAUUGGGGACGAAGAAAUAUUCUACAGCCGUAGAUAUGUGGUCCGUUGGUUGUAUAUUUGGAGAAUUGGUAAAUAAAGAACCUUUAUUGCCAGGGCGAACAGAAAUUGAUCAAUUGACUAAAAUUUUCAAGUUAUUGGGAAUGCCUAAUGAAAAAAUAUGGCCUGGAUUUUCAAAAUUACCCCAUGCUAAAAAUAUUCCUUUUAUAAAACAAUCACAUAAUACGUUACGUAGUCGAUUCCCGUAUUUGACAGAGAAUGGUUUUGAUCUAAUAGCAAAGCUGUUGACUUAUGAUCCAUCAAAAAGAAUAACCGCAGAAGAGGCUUUAAAACAUCCUUAUUUCACGGAAAGUCCUUUACCAAAAGAUCCAGAAAUGUUUCCAACUUGGCCAUCAAAAGGUGGUGGUGAAAGGCGUAAAUCUUAUACGAGUCCAUCAGCUCCUAACGUUGCACAUGGCGUUGAAAAAUUAGACGAAGAGGAUCAAACACUCUUGGGAUCUAUUUUUGAGAAUCAAGGAGGAAACGAUUAUGGCUUUAGACUCAAGAUUUAAGCAACUUCUGAUAGUACAAUCCAGAAAUGAUCGGCAAAGUUUCAAGCACGUGAUACUGUUUCUAAAAAUUAUGACAUUCUUUUUUUGGAAUGACAUCACUACUAUUUUUAAAAGUUAUUUAAUGAUAAUCGACAUGUACACAUCGUUCGUGUUAAAUAGGGGGUUUAAAAAAUAAAAGAUAUUUCUCUUA